CCACGACAGUCGAAGCAGUACCCAAUGCCCAGCGAUGCGCAAGCCCCCGUGAAGCUCUCCUUGCCUCUGGAGUUCCAGCAAGACAUCUUCAAUGAGCUGCGCGGGGAAGAUGAGCUCGUUCUCCUCGCCCGCGGCCUCGGCCUUUUGCGCAUAGUCACCAAUCUCCUCCACUCGUACGAUGCCGCUGGAAACAAUCUCAUACUGCUCGUCGGGGCCGACGACCGCGAGAAUGUGUGGAUUGGUGAGGCACUGGCCGAGCAUGCAGCCGUGAGCAAUGCGCCUAAAUGUCGCGGUCUGAGUCUGGUCAAUACGGAUCUAAUGAGUGUCGGCACUCGCGAGAAGAUGUAUGCGCAGGGAGGAAUAUUUAGUAUCACGUCGCGCAUCCUGAUUGUCGACUUCCUGUCCGGGCUGCUUAAUCCAGAGACGGUGACGGGUGUGGUUGUCUUGCAUGCUGAAAGGGUCGUGGCAACAUCCUUGGAAGCCUUCAUUCUAAGGAUAUACCGUCAGAAGAACAAGGUGGGCUUCUUGAAAGCCUUCUCCGACACACCAGAACCCUUCACCACCGGAUUCUCUCCGCUCACCAACAUGAUGAAGAACCUGUUCCUGACCAAACCAGCGCUGUACCCGCGGUUCCACGUCACUGUUGCGAAAUCGCUCGAAGGAAAGAAGAAAGCCGAAGUCAUUGAGUUGGAAGUGCCCAUGACGGAAGCGAUGCAGGAUAUACAGAACGCCGUCUUGGCGUGUGUGGAAGCAAGCAUCAGCGAGCUCAAAAAGGCCAAUCCUGGCUUGGAGGUCGAAGACUGGACAGUGGAUAGUGCACUACACAAGAAUUUUGACCAGAUCAUUCGACGGCAGCUAGACCCGGUUUGGCAUCGAACUACGUUCAAGACGCGACAGGUUGUUCGAGACUUGUCGCUCUUGCGGACUAUUCUCCACGCACUCCUUACCUAUGACGCUGUCAACUUUAACAAGUAUCUCGACACCGUACUGGCCGCUUCUCAGCCACCGCCGGGUUCAACAAAGCAAAACCAGUCACCAUGGCUGUUUCUGGAUGCUGCUGAUACAAUAUUUACAACGGCUAAGCGCAGGGUGUAUAUGGGCAAGGUGUCCAACGCUGAACUAGCCAACUCUUCAAAUACUGUACCUGAAUCAUUACAGCCUGUUCUAGAAGAAUUCCCAAAGUGGACGCAGCUAGCAGAAAUCUUGCAGGAGAUUGAGCAAGACGCAUACUUGAAUCCCACGCCGCAGGACUCUUCGAACGGAUCCAUACUCAUAAUGUGUGGCGACCAGGGUACAGCUUCGCAGUUGAGGGAGUACCUGCAAACCAUGUAUGUCAAGCCAGAGGGUGAUGAAGACGAAGGCGAAGACGAGUAUGAGCCGUCGGCAAACUUCAUGAUGCGACGCAAGCUGCGCAACUACCUUGCCUGGAAGCGCGACUUUAGCAAAGUCAGCGCUGCUUUGUUCUCGGAAAACCAGAAAGCGAUCAACACGACUACCGACAGGAACGUUCAAAGCGGCAUGCACCAAACUGCUGGUAAGCCUCCACCUAACAAGCGACGCCGCGUAAGAGGCGGAGGCAACGCAGCGGCCGGUCCUUCCAGAAGUGACACAGGCGCAGGCCGUGUAGCAGGAGACCGCGAUUCUCAUAUUGCAAGUCUCAUGGCUGAACUGGAACCCACGGAGAUUGAAGCAGCGCAAAAGCCAGGCGAAGUGGGUUUCGACCCUCUUGACAACAUGGAAGAUUACUACGAGCUCUUUGACAUGAACUCGCUGAUCAUUGUCCAUCCCUACUCUGGUGAUCUAGACGAGCACAUUCUCGACGAAACAAAACCAAGAUACGUCAUCAUGUACGAGCCAGACGCUGCCUUUAUCCGGCGUAUCGAAGUGUAUCGGUCUUCCCACACGGACCGCACAGUCAAGGUGUUCUUCAUGUACUACGGCGGCAGCGUCGAAGAGCAGCGCUAUCUCUCUGCCGUGCGGCGUGAAAAAGACGCCUUCACCCGGCUGAUCAAGGAGCGCGCAAACAUGGCCUUUACCCAAAACCCCACGGCCAAUCUCGCGCCCGAAGAAGCCUUCUUGCGCACAAUCAACACGCGAAUAGCAGGCGGAGGCCGGCUCGCCGCCACGACAAAGCCCCCCCGCGUAGUCGUCGACGUGCGAGAAUUCCGCUCGUCGCUCCCCUCGCUCCUCCACGCCCGCUCCAUGGUCAUUGUCCCCUGCAUGCUCACCGUCGGCGACUACGUGCUCACGCCGCAAAUCUGCGUCGAGCGCAAAUCCAUCCGCGACCUGAUCCAAUCCUUUGCCAACGGCCGCCUCUUCAACCAGGUCGACGCCAUGAUGGAACACUACAAGCACCCCAUGCUGCUCAUUGAAUUCGACCAAAACAAGUCUUUUACCCUCGAGCCCUUUACAGACUUCUCCGCCCCUGCCUCAAAUACCGCUAACACGCCCCUCGCCGCGUCGGCUGCUGCCCCGGAUCUCCAGGCCAAACUCGUCAUGCUGACCCUGGCGUUCCCCCGUCUCCGCAUCAUUUGGUCUUCGUCUCCCUACCAGACGGCUGAGAUCUUCGCCGAGCUGAAAAAACAACAUGACGAGCCUGAUCCCCUGCGUGCUGUGCAGCUCGGUCUUGAUCCCAGUCUCAGUGGAGAUGAGAUGCGCAGUUUUAACCAGACGAGCCAGGAUAUGCUAAGGGCGCUGCCGGGCAUCAAUGAGAAUGCGGUGACCACGCUGAUGCUUAAGAGCGAGAACAUUGCUGAGGUGGCGAAUAUGACUGAAAGGGAGAUUUGCUGGUUGGUGGGGACGGAUGUGGGGAGGAGGGUGCAUCGUUUUUUGAAUCGCAGUGUGUAUGAGGAUGUGCAGCUGCAGGUGUUUAGUUAGUGUUGUUGAUGCUUCUACAUGGCUUGUUGUAUAAGCCGGCCGGUGCUUCUGAGCGGGAAAUGGUAAAUAGAAAUGGGAGUUGUCAAAGGUGAGCCGUAGAAGAACCAUGUGUGAAAGAAGAAAUCCGGGAAUCCUUCAUUACUGCAGUCAAUUA